UGGCUUCCCCAUCCCCCGAAGCAAAGCGAGCACGAGAGCAGAGCAGCCCACGCGCCGCACGCCGCACGCCGACGCGAACCAACUAACCGGCAGUUAGUACCUCAUCUCGGGAUUGGCGAGCUCGCUGCGACGAUGCCUCGCAGCGCUGUCCUCUUCGCCACCGUACUCCUCGUGGCCGCCGCGGUGGCACAGGUCCCGGGGGCCGCCGGGUUCCACCUCGGCGGCGACGAGAGCGGCCUCGUGAGGGGCGUACUCGCCGCGCUCCGCGAGAAGGCCGAGGCCGAGGACGCCGCGCGCUUCGCCGUCGCCCAGCACAACCGGAACCAGGGUGCUUCUUUGGAGUUUAUACGAGUGCUGAAAUCGAAGCAGCAGGUAGUGACCGGGACUCUGCAUGACCUGAUAUUGGAGGCAGUUGAUGCUGGAAAGAAGAAUCUGUACAGCGCAAAGGUGUGGGUGAAGCCAUGGGAAGAUUUCAAGUCAGUUGUCGAGUUUCGUCAUGUUGGAGACUCCGAGUCCAUGUCUUCUACCGCUUCUGAUGGUAGCUCUGGGCAAGCUAUUACCAAGCUCUCUCUUCAAGCACAUAUAUUACAGGAGACUCGCCUGCACACCAUUGAGAAUGCUGGACUUUCCAGCGACCUCUCAUCCUCCUCUUAGACAUACUUGGUGUGACUGGCUUCCAGGAGAGGAUGGAAGGCGUUGAGGUUGUAACUGAGAUUCUAAAAUCUAGCUUUCAGCAAUUUGUGGACCAGAGCCGUCCUUACCCCUGUGUGCAAAGUUUUUAUUUGCUGUCCAGUGCACUAGAUAAUAGGUUACUGUUAAGCUGAAAUGAUGUGAGUACUGGCUGGCAUAUUGCUUUGGCAACUUGGGAACAGAGAACUGUAUAGUAUUUCACAUUAUCUAUGCCCAUGUAUGUACAUAAGGCCUUACUGCUGUCUUUGUAUGGUAGUACCUUAACUGCUGUUUAUAUUUUAUUUUGUCUUCUGAUC